AUGGAGAGCGCCGGCGCGCCAGCGACCCCUCUAGUAACCUCGGACGACGGGUCUGUGAUGGAUGAGGAAAGAAGGACGGAGAACGGCCGCGAAUCGUGUUCGUCUUCGUCGACGGCUCCGCUCCCGCCUCCGCCUCCGCGCCGGGGCAGAGUAGCCUUGCGCGCCAAUGGGUUCCCCGUGGAUGGAGUGCCACGCGCAGACGUCAUCGAGUACUACACGCAUCGCGACGGAGCCAUCUACAAGAGGAGCACUGCUGGUUCCUUGGCCACACUUUAUCAGCUCCAUGAUACCAGCGAGACUGGGCUGGAGUCAAUGAUGAAGUCGGAGCCAACGGAGAAUUGCUCGACGAACUGGAGGUCCUGUGAAACACACGAUCCUUGCACCAUGAUGCAAAUAUUCUCACUGAAGCUGGCAUAUCCUCCUCCAGCUGGUGACCAAGUUCAGGUGUACGGAUUCAUGGCUGUCCGGGACACUCUGGACCCUCUACGUAACUACGUCUUCAACCGCAGCAGGGACGAUCCUUUCAUCGUCGAACAAGAGGAUGGACAUAUUCAAAUGUCCGGCCCCAAGAGAGGCAUCCGGUGGCACGACAUGGUGCUAGUCGAGUUUGACAUGCGGAUCAAGAGAGGGGAUGACGAAGAGGAUGAUCUGCAGCUCAUCGAUGGUGCCGUCUGGUUCAAUGACCGGACCUUGACACACUGCAGAGUGGCCACGGAACGCAUCGACGGCGACUACGGCUCAGUGGACAUAUGCUACGGGCUCCUGCAAAGCUCGGUCGAGGCCACUGUGCAGAUCCGCGUGGCGGAGCUGCUCGGUGGCUUCAGCCUCCGUGCCACCGCAUUUUAUAUCAGUGGUCUGGUGCACCAGGAGAUUCAGCUGUUUGAUGGCGUCAUCCCUGGUCCUGAUGGUUGUCAGAUAUAUAAGCUAGCGAAGUCUGUGGUUGGUAGUGGUGGUAUGACUGUGGGUGAACCGUAUAGGAAUUUGGUUUCUUCUGGUGGUCGUCGGAGAUAUGAGCCAGAAAAGUGUGCGGUUGCUGCUGGUGGCGGUGUUCAGAGAUACGAGGUAGGUAAGUAUGUGAUUGCUUUUCCCAGGUCCGCUAAGUUGGCUCUGAAGCUGAAGAUCCGUCAGAGUGGUGGCUCAUCGGAUUGUGAUGAAGUAGCGAGAUUCUAUAUCAGUCCAGCUAGCACGCAUGGAAGUGACCCCUUCGCUUUCGACCUCGGCUUCGCGACCAUACAUGUGAACAUCUCUUGGUCGACAUUGCCCCAGCCUCGGCUCAUGUCUAGAAGAUCUCUUGGUAUGCGAUGAAGAUUAGGCAGGCUGAGUUUAUAUGGUACAGUCACAUAGCAAUUUCACAAUGUACAUGUGUGUCAGACUACCUGUCGUGCAAUUAAUUAUUUAGGAUUAAUAUGGAUGCACUCUUGAUUUGCUUU